GUUGCCAAUCAGCCAAUUGUCCAAAAAGUAAAAUUGUAUUUUGUUGGGCAAUCAACAUUUAAAGCAAUUAGUAAACUCUUAGCUUUUGCUUGCCCUUUCAAAUUUUGUCUUAAUAGCACCUGACUGAAGACCAGUCUUUUUAAAAGUAAUAUUAUUAUUUGGUUUGUUAUGUUUAAUGUUUCUGCCCCAAAAUGUGGACAUGUCAACAAUUUUACACUUUUUUUUUUUUUUGAGACACUUGAAACUAUAUUCUCGUGUAAGGUAAGUACUAUCUAAUGUUAGGUAGUUGCCAGGCAGUGAAUAAAACCACUACAUUUUCCCCCUUGAUUUAAUUUCUAAUAUUCUUUCUCUCUAAUGAAAGCAGAGAUGGUAACUGCAUGAUUUAUCAAUUAAUAUAUUAUACUUUGAGUGCUAUGGAUGGACAGGAAGAUUUUCUUAGGAAUUAUUUUUUAUUAAAAAUAAAAAAACAGGUUUUAUCAUUGGAUCUCCAUUGUCUUGACUAGUUUGGAUGUUUUUUUAUACUGAAACUCUGAUACCAAAAGAUUGAGUCAGAAAACAGCAUGAUGUUUGCUGUUCUGCAAGAUUCCUAGUUGCCUCCCUGGUAGAUUUCAAAAUAAAAGAACCACAGGUUGGCUCUCUUAACUUUUAAUCUCCUAGCUUUCCAGGCAAAUACUUGAAAUGAAAGCAGUCCUUAUAUAUUAUAGGAAUGUUACAGCAGCCCACAGAAAAUUCUAACUGUAUAAAGCAAAAUAAUUGCAUUGUGCAAACCAAAAUCCUUGUAGCUCAUGAUACUUCCAGGUGAUCUGCAUCUGCAUAAUUUAAAAGGUAAUGUGAUCAUGUCUUCUUUGUGGAAAGAAAGCAGGUAUGAAAAGUGAUGGGAGAGUCUAGGGAGGGUUACAGUAGAUAAUAAUGUCUGAGCUCAUGUACUGUAGUCCGUAUCCUGACUCUGUAAUACACACACACACACACACAGUUAGGCAGAUUAUGUGCUUAGUUGCCAUGCUGCACUACAUUUCCCAGGGAAAGGCACAAAGAGAAGGGCAUGAUAACUGCUAUAUUUUCUCAAAAUCUGCAUACAGUCCAACUAUCCCUAAUUUUUAUAUAUACAGAAAUGGCAUACCUGUUGCCCUUUGGAUAUUACUGAAUUUUUAAGUACAAGCAUUAUUUACCAUUGGCCAUGCUGGCUGAGGCUGCUAUUAGCUGUUCUUCAGCAAUAUAUGGAAAGUCACCAGUCCAAGUCUAAUAAAAUCCAAAUUAUGUUGUUAGAAAAGAGCAAUAUUAUGAAGAAAUGUGGACAUUCUCAAACUAGGAGAAAGUGGGAGAAGCAGUCCGGCAUACUGAACAUUACUCAUGACUGCAGAAGAGGAUUUGUGUGUUGACCCUUCUUCCAUUUCACAUUUUCAGUCUAUUAUAGUUAUAGAAAGAAGAGGUCAGGCAAAUGACAAUAUGGAUUAAUUGAGGGAAGGAAGAAUGCCCUGGGGUCAGGUGAGUUGGAAAAUGGAGCCUAUCUAUAAUGAUGGAAGCAAGAGAGAAAUUCUAUUUUGCUGUUCUGUGAAUAACCUGGGAUUGCAAAAAGGGGAGUCAAGACAUGCAGAGGGUAUACAAGCUGGAUCUCUGCAUGAAAGAGUUUGCUGUGGUAUGACUGGUAUAUUCUAGGGUAGAUAGGCUUGUUGGGUUAGCACCAGAAUGAGAAUAAGGCUUGGGUACAUAAUUCAUACAUAUAUAUACUGACUUAGGGUGGGAUGAAUGUGUGCUUGUGUGUCAAUCACAGAAUGAAAGAAAAUGGUCUAGUUCCCUAGAUUUUUUUCCUGCCUCUCUAAAAUUGUAAAGGAGAAGGGAACAGAAGUCUUUAUUGCUGUAUACUUCAUAUCUAACACAGUGGAACUAAGAUUUUCUUAAAUAUCAUAAAUAUGACUCAAACUCUCCCCCUUUCAUUUGUCUCUCUCUGUCUCAAGGUUCGCUUCUCUUAUAUGCGGAUGAAAUAUCUCUUCUUCUCUUGGCUAGGAGUAUUUAUUGGCAGCUGGAUUAUUUAUGUUCAGUACUCAUCUUACACAGAACUUUGCAGAGGGCAUGACUGCAAGAAAAUAAUAUGUGAUAAAUACAAAAGUGGGGUUAUUGAUGGAUCAGCAUGUAGUAGCCUGUGUACAAGACAAACACUUUAUUUCAGAAAAUGUUUGUCAACACAACCCAACAACCAGAUGUAUUUAGGAGAAUGGGGUAAUUUACAAGGUGUUAUAAAAUGCCAGAUGGAAGAAAUUGCUCAUAUUGAUCUCAGAACUGAACUAGAACCAAGGAAGGAAGCAAUUCUGUUUGACAAACCAACUAGAGGAACUACUGUUCAAAAAUUCAAGGAGAUGGUCUACGGACUUUUUAAAGCAAAACUGGGAGAGCAGGGAAAUCUUCCUGAAUUGGUUAAUCUCAUCUUGGCUGUGGCUGAUGGGAAUAAAGAUGGUCGUGUUUCCUUGCCAGAAGCAAAAUCAGCAUGGGCACUUCUCCAGUUAAAUGAAUUCCUGCUCAUGGUAAUUCUCCAGGAUAAAGAACACACUCCCAAAUUGUUGGGGUUUUGUGGAGAUCUUUAUGUGAUGGAAAAAGUUGAAUAUACCUCUCUUUUUGGAAUAAGCCUUCCAUGGAUCGUAGAACUUUUCAUUCCUUUUGGUUUCAGAAGAAGCAUGGAUCAGUGGUUUACUCCAUCAUGGCCCAGAAAGGCAAAAAUUGCUAUUGGGCUCCUAGAAUUUGUGGAAGACAUUUUCCAUGGACCAUAUGGAAAUUUUCUUAUGUGUGAUAUGAGUGCCAAAAAUCUGGGUUAUAAUGAUAAAUAUGACUUAAAAAUGUUGGAUAUGAGAAAAAUAGUGCCAGAAAUGAACUUAAAAGAACUUAUUAAAGAUCGUCACUGUGAGUCUGACCUGGAUUGUGUAUAUGGCUCAGACUGUAGAACUGUAUGUGACCAAAGUAAAAUGAAAUGUACUACAGAAAUAAUUCAGCCAAAUUUAGCAAAGGUGUGCCAGUUGCUUAAAGACUAUCUGCUUCUUGGGGCUCCUUUAGAAAUACAUGAAGAGUUAGAGAAACAACUGUACUCAUGCAUUGCCCUGAAAGUUUCAGCCAAUCAGAUGGAAAUGGAACAUUCCUUAAUACUCAAUAACUUGAAAACUCUAUUGUGGAAGAAAAUAUCCCAUACAGAUGAUUCUUAGGUGCUUUGUCUCAGAAGAAAAUGCAGUUGCUGCUGUAGGAGCUGACCACUUUUUGUGAAACAUAUCUUAUACUUUUAAAAACAUUAUUUAUCCUCAUCUUUUAUCAGCACUCUUUCAAACAUUGUCACCAGAGUGGUUUUUUUCCUCAGUUGGAGAGUUAUGUAUGUUCUCAAAAUUUAUGCCUGUCAGACUACUGAAGCCAUAUGGCUACAACACUCCUGGCUGGAAAGAAUAUAAAUUCCCUGUUACCCUCUUACCCUUCUCUGGCUUUAGAGAUUUCAUAAGAAGAGCCUUCUGUUGUUAUUAUUCACUGUGUUUCCUUAGAAACUUACUAAACAUUUAAGCCAAAUUUAUACAUAUGGAAAAAGCACUUGGUAUAAUCCCAGGAAAUCUGUUCUAUAGAAUUUGCAUGUAAAUUCACAUGUAUUCAGCCAACUGAACAACUCCCUAAAUGUAAAAAAAUCUAGCCUAACCUUUUCCCUGACAUAUUAGUUAUCAAAACUGAGAAUUCUUGAAGUAGAACAGUGCAAAAAUAUCAAUCACACUCCCAUUUCUAAGUAAUGGCUAAAGACAGCUACACCAGAACCUCUGCAUCACUAGCCAGUUCCAGUUAACCAAGCUGCUUUAUAUGGUGGUGAAAUCCCCCCCCCCCCAAGAUCUGGCAGAUCCCCACUCUUCUAGCCUUCCAGAAGGUCUUAAAGAGCUGGCUCUUUCCCCACGUAUUGUGUUAGGCGAUGGCUGGAGUCCAGCAACUGCAAAUGUGGAUGUAUGAAGGGGUGUUUGUUUGGGGGCUCCAGGAGUUGUUUUUUGAUGGUGGUUUUAUUGUUCCUUUUUACAUUUUUACUGCUGUUUUGUGAGCUGCCCAGGGUUAUUGUACAUAAGAUGGGUAGCCAUGUAACACUUUUGAAUAAAUUUAUUAAUUAAUAUCUCCUCUUAACAAAGCCCCACAUAGCCAUCUACUUCCUGGGAAAGUACUAUUUCAAGUAGUAGAUUUCCUGGUUUGGUUGCCCUGCACUUUUAGCAAAAGGAAAAAUUACUGGUUGCCCUGCAGUUUUAGCAAAAGGAAAAGUAAUAAGGAAAGGAGCAGGAUGGGUGAAGUUGGCUAUGUGGACUAUAGUUUUAAAGCACUCUUAGCUGCCAUUCUUCUGAAUGCUGACUGCUCAUGAAGAACUUUAUGAAAAAAAUCCUGGUGACUUGAACAGGCUUCUCCUUUGAACUAAAUGUGUGCAAGGGAAAGAGCUUUGGCCCUGAGCUGUGAUGUCAUUUAGAUACAGGGAGUGAUUAGAUCCAGGGAACUGCUCUUGCUCCAGAGCUACCAUCUUACACAGUGUAACAAGAAGUUUCCUUAUGUUCUUUUGACUUCUUGCAUCCUUCAUUUUGUAUCCUUGCCUCCCCUCAAAAAAUGAUAAAAAUGUAUUGUGGUGCUUUUAAAAACAUCUGUAAUCUCAUUUUUAAAGUUCUGAAGUUUCUUUACAAACAUCAGUCUGAAGAACCCAUCACUAUUAGAUUAUAUCAUUAAUAUGGUGUAAUUCAACUUACUCUUUUUAAAAUAAUAUUUUUGGGGUUGUCUACUAAUUUUAGCAUGGCAGAAUUUGCACAUUAGUAAUUUUUAAAGAAAAUCAGUGUGACAAUUGAAAAUGUUUUAAAAUGGAAGUUUUUCGAAUCAGAACUUUUUGUUAGAUUUUUACAUUUGUAUACACAUUUACCUCAUGCAUACAUUGAAUGUUAGUAAGUUUGCUAAAUCUCCUAGUUAAAAAUAGCUGUUAUACCAUCCUAGCAUUUAAGGAUAUAUAGGUUGCACACAUAUAUGCACUAGUAGCAAUAUAAAAGAUAAGAAAUUCGAUAAACUACAAUAAUCAGUUGGAUUGUAUGAACGGAUUUAUUAAAAGCGUUAUACAUUUGAAAGUAAGUUGAAGAGAUCUUUAAGCUGACUUGUAUAGUUUGUCAAAUUCAUAGUUUUAAUGCAAUCAAUGAUUGAGUCCUAGGUUUUUUUUACCUAGUAUUAAAGUAUUAAAUCAUAGUGGAUAAUCUCACCAAAAGAAAGCCUAUCCAACAGUUAAAUUCUGUGUCUGUCUGUUCUGAAGUAAUUUCAGUAUUGUAGUUGUAGAGUGGGAGAUUUCCUAUUGGGAGGUAAUUAUAUUUGUUCCUUCACUCACCAAGCGGCUGCGGUUUGGUGGAUUCAACUCUCCAUGUGCACUUUGGAAACCAGAAUAUUACAUUCAAGCUGAUUUUGUAAGAAUGCAUAGGUUUGUUUUAGGACUAUGUGAUGAGCUAGUUUUUAAAGCAGCAUUUGUCUUAAGCUAAUGAACAUUGGUUUUAGCAUUGCUUACAAAACAGCAAAGUGAAAUACAACAGUGAUAAGGUAUAUGUGUCUAACACCACCCUUCCUUCUUGGACUUGUUUUUUUAAUACAGUAUUGUGUGGUACUUUCCAUUUCUAUUUUAUGUGUUUCUCAGAACUACAGGCCACAGUCCCCAGUUCUAGAAAGAAAUGGAAACUUUGAUCACACAUGGUUAAUCUUUGGAAUCUUAUUUAGCUCCUAGCUAAAUUACAUUGUUCACCAUAGUUAUUCAGCAGAGCUCUUGUGAAAUACUUGUGCAUGUUCCUCUUGACACUAACUCACCUUUAGCUCUUGACUCAAUUCAGUUUUAUUUAUAAGAUGAAAAAAUGACAAAAGUUAUUUACAGUUUCUAUUCACUUGUUCUCCAUACAGUGUUUAAUUUUUGAGGUCAACAAAACUUUAUUUAGCAAACAUGCACUUAUAAAGCAAAAUAAUUUUUGUUCCCUGUAUAAUGUGUGACAUUAUUUACUUUAGGGUCUUGUACAUUUUUUCCUUGUAUAAAUAUUUUUACUAACAGUUUUCUUGCACAAUGUCCACUUUGUUUUUAAAUUGACAGAGACAGCAUUUAAUAGUGGUACCAGUAAACAUUCUUAUAUCUUAAUAAUCAUAUCCAUGGUAAGUAAGUCUGAAUGUCAAUAUUUUCCAGUCAUUGCUCAGUGGAAAAAGGAUAUUCGAAAGUUUGGAAUAAUGGCACUUGUUAGCAAUGCAGUUUGUACUGUAUUUCAUUUUGAUUGCUGUUAUACCACCUUCCGGAUUUUAUUUUAAAUAUGAACUGUUUACAAUAAACUGGAAUUAUUUCCCC